AUGGACACGCUGUUGCUCCGGCUCGACGAGAGCGUCACCGGGCUCUUCGGGCAGUGGAAUCUCUGGACUAGCGCCAUUUUCACCGUCCUCGCCGGCUUCCUCACCUACCAGCUUACUACGCGGCAAGACCCGGACACUCACCCUUUCCUCCUCGCCCGUCAAGCCCAGGGCUCCCCCGUGCGCCAACCUGGCGAGUCUCCCGUCUACCGAUCCCAGGGUGCCCCCCAUGGCAUGCCUCUUAACGCCAGCCUGAAUGUGAAGGACCCGGGUGCCUCCAAGUGGUCGAGAGGUCGGGAUGGAGAUCUGCGGGACAUUUGGCGCCAGGCCGUCGCCGGCGUGCAGGAGGAUGGGCCGACCAAGGGAGCGACUGGUCGCAUCUUGACCGUGCUGGGGACCGAUAAGACCAUCGAACACAAGCUCGCCGAUAUCACCCGCCAGAUCAACCUGAUCGGCCAGCACAUAAUCGACCAGGGCGGCAACCGUGUGGCCAUCUAUCUACCGAACUCGGUCGAGCUGAUUGCGACCCUGUUCGCGUGCGCCUUCUACGACCUAACCGCCGUGAUCCUGCCGUUCGACGAGCCUACCGAUGCCAUCAUUUCCAUGCUGCGCCGCUCCGCCGCCGACACCGUGGUGACCGCACCCGGCUCCUUCCCUUUUGACAUGGUUGUUGGCAGCUACCCGUCCCUGCGCCAGCUGAUCUGGGUCGUCGAUGAGGGCAGCAAACACAUGGACUGGAACGAGGUUCCCCAGGGCACCGGAAGCAGCGUCAACGUCUCUACCUGGCAGGAUAUCGUCAACGACAGCCCCGUGGAUGCUGGGAAGCAGCUGCCGCAGCUGGAGGGUCAGAAAGCGGCCCGCGACGUCACUGUGUUCUGGAAAUCCAAGCGCGGCCAACAGGAGGAAAUGGUGCGCUUCACGUCUGCCAACCUCAUCUCCGGCGUUGCCGCCCAGCUCUUCGCCGUCGCGACCUCCCAGCGGAUCGGCCCCUCCGACCUCUUCCUGCCGGCCGACUCCCUCGCCAACACCCACACCCUCGUCCUCACCUUGGCCGCGCUCUACUCCAACGCCUCCGUCGCCUUCAACUCGGUCGCCGCGCAAGCCGACGACCUCGCCAUCGCCACGCGCGGCGUGUCCCCGACCAUCCUCGUCGCCACCCCGGCCGCCUUGCUCAAGACCCACAAGGAAUCCAUCACCCGCAUCAACAGCUCCCUCCUCACCCGCACCCUCCACGGCAUGCGGGUCCGCAAGCUCACCCAGAACGGCGUCAUGCCCAGCGCCGGCACAGACAACAACAACAACAACAGCAAGCUGCGCCUAAUCCUGACCGCGGACCGCGCCGGCGCCGGCACCUCGCGGCUGUCGUCCGCCGUGCUGGCCGACCUGCGCGUGCUGACGGGCGCGCGCAUCAUGUACGCGCUGACGGCCGCCAAGGUCGCUGGCGCCGUGGCCCAGACCGGGUUUUUCGACUACCGGGUGUUUGAGAACGAACAGGGCGGCGGCUGCCACUUUGGCCCGCCGCUGACGAGCACCGAGGUCGUGCUGAGGGAUAUGGGCGCCUGGAAGUCCGGGGAUGAGGGGAGUAAGGGGGAGAUUGUUGUCCGUGGUCCUUGCGUUGCUGGGAAUGAGGCUGCCCUUGGAGUGGCGGGUAUGAUUAGGGAUGAUAAUACCCUUGCGUAUGCUUAA